AUGAGCUCGCGCUUCAAGUCUCUAGGCUUCGGUUCCAAACGAAAGAGCAGUGCCAACAUCCAAACCACCUCAACCGCCUCCACCUCUGUCGCUUCACCCAACGGCUCUAUCUCGAACGCCACGACUCCUCCCCCUCCUCAAAACUCCUCGCAAACCAGUCUGCCGCCCAUGAAUCCCAAUCAGCCUGGUGUCCCUGGACGUCCUCCCAGCUACUCAUACAACAGCGUCCAGGGACGGCCUCAGUCGCCGAUGCCGCCUGCUCAGAACCAAAUGGCCCACCAUCCUGCUCCCAUCGAUACCAGGGCCGGUGCCUAUGUUGGCGGCGCUCCUCAGUUGGGUCCCCCGCAACCUCCAGGGUACGGCGGCGCAUAUAUGAAUCAGACGAUCGGUCCGCAGCCUGGUAUUCAGCACAUGACCACUCAAUUUCCACCUGGUGCUCGUCCCGCUGAAGUUGAGGGCGCAGGGAGGAGCAAGGCCCAGCUAAUUGUCGGCAUCGAUUUUGGCACCACCUUUUCGGGCGUGGCAUUCGCCUUUGCGACAAACACCGAAGCAAAAGAGGAUAUAAUAACAGAAUGGCCCGGCGCAGGCAAUCAAACGAAACAAAAGAUUCCCACUGUGCUAUAUUACGAUCAAUAUCAGAAAGUCGUCGGUUGGGGUCCUGACAUUGCUGAUGCCCUUGCUCCGACCGGCUAUCCCAAGCCAGGCGUGCAAAAAGUGGAAUGGUUCAAGCUGCAACUCAUGCUCUCGGGUAACACGUACAUUGACCCCAUUAAUCUACCCCCUCUUCCACCUGGGAAGUCCGAAAUCGAUGUGGCGGCCGACUAUCUCUUCAAACUGCGGCAAGCUAUGCGAGUCCAGCUGCAAAAGACAUUGGGCGAGGUCUUUAAUAGAGAAGAGCGCAAUAUCCGAUACUUUUUGACUGUCCCUGCCAUCUGGAACGAUGCUGGUAAAGCGGCGACCAGAGCCGCAGCCAUUCAAGCUGGCUUCAUUCGUGAUGAGAACGACAACCGACUGACCCUCAUUACUGAGCCCGAAGCCGCGGCAAUGUUCUGCUCCAAGACCGGUCUCCUCAACCUCAAGAUCCACGACGCCGUCCUGAUCGUAGACUGCGGCGGUGGAACCGUCGAUCUGAUCGCGUACGAAGUCGAAGAAGAGACUCCGUUCACUGUCGCCGAAUGUACGGCCGGUAGUGGCGAUUCUUGCGGCUCGACCGCUCUCAACCGAAACUUCUCCAACAUUCUGCGUGCAAAGAUCAGGAAAAUGAAGUUGCCUGAUGGAUCAAAAACUGCCGGUCGAGUAUACGCCAAGUGUAUCAUGGACUUUGAAAACAGAAUAAAGGCCGAUUUCCGCAAUAACGGUCAGAAAUGGGCCGUCGAUGUUGGUAUCGAGGCUGAAUUCCCUGAAGCUGGCAUUGAAGAAGGCUACAUGACGUUCACCAAUGAGGAAAUUCUUCAGUGCUUCGAACCCGUCGUCAACAGAAUUCUGGAACUCGUUCGCAAUCAGAUCAUUGCUAUCCAGGCGCAGAAUAGAUCAUUACAAAAUGUUCUUGUGGUCGGUGGCUUUGGUGCGUCCGAGUAUCUCUUCCAGCAGAUUAAAUUGCACGUCCCGCCGCAAUUCCAAUCCAAAGUUGUCAGACCCAUGGACUCCGUAGCUGCGAUUGUGAAAGGUGCCGUCACGGCUGGAAUUACUGAGCGAGUCAUCACUUCUCGCGUUGCGAGACGACACUAUCUCAUGGCGACCCUCCAGCCGUUCAAAGAAGGUCAUCAUCCUGAACAGUAUCGCGUGCCUAGCCUCGAUGGCAAGGAUCGGUGUAAAUACACACGACAAAUCUUUGUGCAGAAGGGCGAGAGAGUCAAAAUUGGUGAACCCGUCAAAGUCUCGUUCUUCAGGCAGGUGGCACCCGGGGCGACGUUGAUGUACGAAGAUAUUCUUUAUGCUUGUGAUGAGGAUGUUUGCCCCGAAUAUACCAAGGAUCCCCGUAUCAAGGAAGUGGUCACCCUCACUUCGGAUCUGUCAAGAAAGAAUCUCGAGAAGGACUUUGAGAGAAUGGAUACUCCGCAAGGCACAUUCUACCGGGUGUACUUCGAUAUUUACCUGACCUUGGAUGGGUCGGAGUUUAAUGCCGAAUUGGUGUGCCAGGGUGAGGUGAUGGGAAGAUGUAGCGCGAGGUUCAGAUAG